AUGACCUCUGCUGUGGCUUACUUUUGUUUUGUCCCUGUCGUCCCCGCAGAUGCCCCGGUGGCAGAGCUACAUGACCUGUUCUGCAAGAAGCUGCAGCAGUGCUGCGUGCUCUUUGAUUUCCUGGACUGUGUGGCCGACCUGAAAGGGAAGGAGAUCAAACGUGCGGCGCUGAACGAGCUGGUGGAGAGCGUGGCCACGAGCAGAGGGGUCCUCAUAGAACCUCUCUACCCCGAGGCGAUAAAAAUGAUCUCAGUUAAUAUUUUCCGCACGCUUCCUCCCAGCGAGAAUCCAGAGUUUGACCCCGAGGAAGAUGAGCCGACACUGGAGGCCUCAUGGCCACAUCUGCAGCUGGUCUACGAGUUCUUUCUGCGAUUUCUUGAAAGUCCGGACUUCCAGCCCUCCAUGGCCAAACGCUACAUCGACCAGAAGUUCGUCCUGCAGCUCCUGGAGCUGUUUGACAGCGAGGACCCCAGGGAGAGGGAGUACCUGAAGACCAUCCUGCACCGUGUUUACGGAAAAUUACUGGGCCUUCGAGCUUACAUCCGCAAACAGAUCAACAACAUCUUCCUCAGGUUCAUUUAUGAAACUGAGCACUUCAACGGAGUGGCAGAGCUGCUGGAAAUCCUCGGCAGCAUCAUCAACGGCUUCGCUCUGCCCCUGAAGGCCGAGCACAAGCAGUUCCUGGUGCGAGUCCUCAUCCCCCUUCACACUGCCAAGUCCCUCUCCAUCUUCCAUGCACAGCUGGCCUACUGUGUGGUGCAGUUCAUGGAGAAAGAUGCUACAGUGACUGAAUAUAUUAUCAGAGGGCUGCUCAAGUACUGGCCGAAAACCUGCACCCAGAAAGAGGUGAUGUUCCUGGGGGAGAUCGAGGAGAUCUUGGACGUGAUAGAGCCGUCGCAGUUCAUCAGGAUCCAGGAUCCGCUCUUCAAGCAGAUAGCAGCCUGUAUCUCCAGCCCUCACUUCCAGGUAGCGGAACGAGCUCUCUACUUCUGGAACAACGAGUACAUCCUCAGUCUGAUCGAGGAGAACUGUCAGGUCAUCCUGCCGCUGGUGUUCGCCACCCUCUACAGAGUCUCCAAGGAGCACUGGAACCAGACCAUCGUGUCUCUGAUCUACAACGUGCUCAAGACCUUCAUGGAGAUGAACAGCAAACUGUUUGAUGACCUCACCGCCUCCUACAAAGUGGAGAAACAGAAGGAAAUGAAGCGGGAACGGGAGCGUGUGGAGCUCUGGCGAGGCCUGGAGGAGUACCAGGAGCGCCGGAUGCAGAUGCUGACAGAGGCCGCCAGGAACCAGCGCAACCUCCAGGAGCGGGACGAGAGAGGGGACCCCCUGAGCGCUUCGUCCCCGCAGACGGCUCAGUCUGACCAGCCUGAGCUCAAACCCAGCGGAGCCUCGUCUGGAGCCGGGGAGAGCGCCACCUAGGUCCUGCCUCCCCCUUCAACAACACAGAAAGGAUAACACAGGGGGGGAAGGGGGUUGGGGACUUGAGGUUGAUGGUGUUGGGAGACAGAAAAAGGUAUAAAAUAAUUUCUUUCUCUUCUUGUGUCAUCGAGGUGGCAGCUUCUUGUAAAAAAAAAGAAAAAGGUGCAAUCUCUGUGAUGCAACACCAUACCUUCUUUCUGGCAGCGUUGUGUGAAACUGGUUCACUUUUAGCUGUGCACACAUCGUGUUGCAGCUCAUAAGAUCUAAAGGUGCAAACUGUCCUUUUAUUUAUUAGCUGGUUUACUCAACUGCAGGCCAGAACUUAGAAUCAGUAGCUGGCUUAGUUUAAACCAGCCGUAAACGUACGAGAACAAAAACGUCUCUUUAACGCGUUUCUCUCCGUUUCACGGACGGAGCCGCAGUCCGUACUGCGGCCUCGUAUCUUUUGGCCAGAGGUGCUUAUUCCACGCGUGAAUAGCACAAUACGCGAACAAACAGAUGAAGCGAUUUCACACAAAUGUCCCAAAGCCAUCGCCGCACAGACGAGACACGCGAACCGCCGACGUACACGCAGGUAUUUACUGUAAAUAUCAGAGCUCCAGAGAGUGUAUGCUGGUCGGACGAACCUCACACAACUGAUUCAGACGGUAACACACACGCACACACACAUUUACUGAGACACAAACGUCUGGUUGUGGCGCUAACUCCUCUCCCAGUCGGCUGGGUUCCACCUAAACACGACGCAAAGUUCCUUCAACUACGGCUGAUGAUGAUGAUGAUAUAAAGUACAAUAACGUUUCUUCUUCUUACUUGUUACUCUACUACUCUACUCUAAGUACUACUGAUGUUUUUAUAUAUAUACAUAUGUCUGGAUAUUUCUGUAGUGUAUUAUGGGAGAAACACUAGUGUAGCAGAAACCAUAAAGAGGAAGGCCGAGUUGAAUUCACAAUAUAGUUACGAGGACGUGACGAAUGCCCCUUUAACACACAAGGAGGGGAGGAACGAACUGGGUCGGAUGUGGCAGGUUUUCUUCUACUUCGAAACGCUUGUGGCGUGGCAGGUUUAUUUUUUGGGGUUGUGUAAAACCUCAAAGCAACCCUCGGUUAAAUGUCGAAAAUAUUCUUUUCAUGCCAGAGACACGUCUAAAUAGAAUUAAAUACGACACCGGAGGUGAGAGGAGGGUUCAGGAAUCAUCUACAGCUCGUUUAACGUUCGUAUAGCUCGUGUUGCCUCUGAAUUAUAUUGAGCUAGAUUAAAUCCUGUUAACGUCGUACGAAUACGUGCGUGACAAAUGUUCACAUUUGUAUAAUUCUACUUAAAAUAAAGCAAGGAUGCAGAAAAUUUCCUCAUAUUCUCCUGUUUAGAAAAGGUGAUGUUUCUGGUUCUACAUCAGUGGUUUUUUUUAAUACAAUUUAUUAAUUAAUAAGCAGAGAAGGUGUCCAACUUCAGUGUUU